ACUUCACUCCAUCAACCAAAAGCAUCCAGAGCUUACCAAGUUAAAGGAACAGAGGGUACUGAGAUUGAGCUGAGCUCCUAGUUGGAUUUGUGAAUUAAAUCGAAGUCUCAAGGAAGAAGAUGUGUCAAAUCAAGAAGGAGAUGAGCGGGGAGUCGGGUUCGCCGUGCAACGGGGAGUACUGCUCUCCCUCGACCUCGUCGGAGCAGAAGCAGCAGACGGUGUGGACGAAGCGGCCCGCGGGGCGGACAAAGUUCAGGGAGACGCGGCACCCGGUGUACCGCGGCGUGCGGCGCAGGGGCAAUGCCGGGCGGUGGGUGUGCGAGGUGCGGGUGCCAGGGCGGCGCGGGAGCAGGCUCUGGGUCGGCACCUUCGACACUGCCGAGAUCGCCGCGCGCGCACACGACGCCGCCAUGCUCGCUCUCGCCGCCGGCGACGUGUGCCUCAACUUCGCCGACUCCGCUGAGCUGCUCGACAUGCCGGCAUCCUCCUACCGCAGCCUCGACGAGGUGCGCCACGCCGUGACCGAGGCCGUCGAGGAAUUCGAGCGGCGGCAGGCACUGGGCGAGGAGGACGCGCUGUCCGGCACUGAGUCGUCGACGCUCACCGACGACGAGGAGUCGUCCACGCCGUUCGAGCUGGACGUCCUAAGCGACAUGGGCUGGGACCUGUACUACGCGAGCUUGGCACAGGGCAUGCUCAUGUCGUCUCCAUUUCUGGCUGCGUCUGCGGCGCUCGGGGAUUACGGCGAAGCCAACCUCGCCGAUGUGCCACUCUGGAGCUACCUGAGCUAGUUCAGUUGUCGCCACUUCAAAUUUUACCUCUCUCCUUCGGUGUCGUCUUGGCUUCGGAUGCCAAAUUUUGGUUCUGUACGGUCACUGUUUCCAGUUUCUGGUUAUGUGAUGUGAUAGUGCAAAUUGGAAAAAACAGAGCAUGGAUUUUGCGUUUUGA